CUAGAGCCGCCCUUGAACCAGCUCCGCUGCCAUCUUCGCCAGACCUCCUCAUCUCCAAAACCAGCCUUCUCUUCUUCUCGAAAGAUCACAAACACACGCACAGUAGCAGAAAAAACAGAGUAGGAAAUGGGAAACUGAGGUUCGAGGUUUAGGUCAGUCGUCGGUUCAAGUUCGGGUCCGACGAGAUCGUCCGUUCAUUAGUUCCGUUCGUAGUUCACGGUUCCGCUUCAGAAUUCGGCAACUUUAUUUGGUCUCUGCUUGGAAAUCCAUCGGAGAACUUUUUCCACAGCAAUAGCGACAGUGAAAUAUGGCAGAGCCUAAUACAUCUCUCGAGACGAGCGAAAAAAUAAGCAGGCAAGCUCCUCAAUUAGUUACAAUACUAAAGGAGAUGGAAGAAGGAUUGGAUAUAGUGACUCCAAAAGUACAAGCUUUAACUGCAAAGGUGAAAGCGGGUCACUUUCCAACACCAGAAGGAAUAAGUUACCUUGAAACGAAGCAUCUACUACUUCUGAAUUAUUGCCAAUCACUUGUCUAUUAUCUGCUCCGCAAGGCAAAAGGAUUCUCAAUUGAAGGGCAUCCAGUUAUUCGGAGUCUAGUCGAGAUAAGAUUGUUUUUGGAGAAGAUUCGCCCCAUCGACAAGAAACUACAGUAUCAAAUUCAGAAGCUCACAAGAGAUAGUGACGCUGCUUCUGAGAAGUCAGUUAUAAGUGAGAAGGGAACAGAUACCCAGAAGGAGGACCUGUUGAAGUAUCGUCCAAAUCCUGAUUUGCUUGUUAGUAAAACACGUGGCACAGAGGAUGGCAGCAAUGUAUAUCGACCCCCCAAACUUGUACCUGCUCCUAUGGAAGAAGAUAAAAUGUCGAGGCAGGAGAGAAAUAAAUCGAGGAAGGAGACAAUGGACUUGCGAAAGGCUAGACAAAACCCGUUUAUGAUAGAUUUGGUGAAUAAUCUUGAAGGUAGACCCGAAGAGGUAAGAGAAGUUGUUGGAACUGAAAGUAGAGUACUCAGAGAGUACAUGGCUAAAAUGGAAGAACGUGCACGACAAGAAGAGGAGACGUUUGCUCGUGCCCCACUCACAAAGUUGGAAAAAAAGAAAAUGAAACAUCUGAAGAAGUCAAGAAAUGGGUUGUUUGGGCUGACAGAUAGUUUCUAUGACGAGAUAAAAAGUUUGCCUUUAGGGGAUGCUUCUGAACAAUCAACAAACUUUGAUAACAGCAGCGCUGGAAUCAAACAACAGAAGAAGCGUAAGAGGAGGAAUUGAACGACUGCAAGCUUGAGUACAUCAAUAUCCAAGAAUAUAGAGAAGACUUAGGUAGGAAUGAUCAGAGGUUCCUUGCCUCAUGUAAGAUGUACGACUUCAUAAUGAUGUUAAUUUUUGUGACUUUUAUGGCUUCAAAAUCUGCA